GUGCUCGGCGUCCAGCAUGUCGCGCCGGCGCAGUCGUGUGCAAGCCCUCUUAAGCAGGAUAGGCGCCGCGCAGUAGUUGUUCAAGCCUCAGCUACCAAAGAAAAGGUUGAGGAGCUGACGGUGCAACCUGUGAAGAAGAUCGAGGGCACUGUCAAGCUGCCCGGAUCGAAGUCCCUCUCCAACCGCAUUCUGCUGCUAGCAGCGCUUGCUGAGGGCACGACCCUCGUCAAAAACCUUCUGGACAGCGAUGACAUCCGCUACAUGGUGGGUGCCCUGAAGGCCCUCAACGUGAAGCUGGAGGAGCGGUGGGAGGUGGGCGAGAUGGUGGUGCACGGCUGCGGUGGCCGCUUCGACUCCCCCGGCGCGGAACUCUUCCUGGGCAAUGCGGGCACCGCCAUGCGCCCGCUGACGGCGGCGGUGGUGGCGGCGGGGCGGGGCAAGUUCGUGCUGGACGGAGUUGCCCGCAUGCGCGAGCGGCCCAUCCAGGACCUGGUGGACGGGCUGGUGCAGCUGGGGGUGGAUGCGAGGUGCAGCAUGGGCACCGGCUGCCCGCCCGUGGAGGUCAACUCGCAGGGGCUGCCCACCGGCAAGGUCUACCUUUCCGGCAAGGUGUCCAGCCAGUACCUCACCGCGCUGCUGAUGGCCGCCCCGCUGGCGGUGCCGGGCGGCCCGGGGGGUGAGGCGCUGGAGGUGAUCAUCAAGGACGAGCUGGUCAGCCAGCCGUACGUGGACAUGACGGUGAAGCUGAUGGAGCGGUUCGGGGUGACGGUGGAGCGGCUGGACGGGCUGCAGCACCUGAGGAUCCCCGCCGGCCAGCGCUACGUGUCCCCGGGUGAGGCCUACGUGGAGGGCGACGCCUCCUCCGCCUCCUACUUCCUGGCGGGGGCCACCAUCACGGGAGGCACCGUCACGGUGGAGGGGUGCGGCUCGCACAGCCUGCAGGGGGACGUGCGGUUCGCGGAGGUGAUGGGUCUGCUGGGCGCCAAGGUGGAGUGGGCGCCCUACUCCAUCACCAUCACCGGGCCCGCCGCGCUGGGGCAGCCGCUGACGGGUAUCGACCACGACUGCAACGACAUCCCGGAUGCCGCCAUGACGCUGGCGGUGGCGGCGCUGUUCGCGGACAGGCCCACCGCCAUCCGCAACGUCUACAACUGGCGCGUCAAGGAGACGGAGCGCAUGGUGGCCAUCGUCACCGAGCUGCGCAAGCUGGGGGCAACCGUGGAGGAGGGGCGGGACUACUGCAUCGUCACGCCGCCCCCCGGGGGAGUGGCGGGGGUAAAACCCAACGUGGCGAUCGACACGUACGACGACCACCGCAUGGCCAUGGCGUUCUCGUUGGUGGCGGCGGCGGGGGUGCCGGUGGUGAUUCGCGACCCGGGUUGCACGCGCAAGACCUUCCCCACCUACUUCAAGGUGUUUGAGUCGGUGGC